CCAUCAUUGACAGCGCUCUUUCGACGAUUCUUACGAGCUUCUGUGUCUAGGCUUGUCUGGUCUGCGCAUCUACACAGACCUCAUCAGGCCUGCUCUUGACUUCGAACCAUCGCCUCCCAGCCAGUCGCACAAUUCCCGUGCGCCUGCUGAGAUUUUCCAAUCAUGGGUCCCAAAAAGAACCAGAAGAUGUCCCUCGGGACCUUCUUGCAAGAUGAAAAUUAUGGCUCGUGGGCCGACGAGAUGGAGGAUAUGCCUUUGCCUGCCUCCGACUCUCGACCCAGCUACGCUACCGAGCGACGAACCUUCGGCUCGACGACUGGCAUGGGCGGCGGAUUUUCAGAACGACGAGAUACAUUCCCUUCACGAGAGCAAUUGCCCCUUCCCACUGAACCUCCAUAUACUGCCCACCUAGCGAACCUUUCAUUCGACGCCACCCAAGGAGACAUCAGCGACUUCUUCGGGGAUUGCGAAGUCACCAACGUCCGCAUUGUGGAGGACAAGAUGGAUCGAAAGCCAAAGGGGUUUGGAUAUGUCGAGUUCGGCACAUUGGAUGGUCUUAAGAACGCGCUAGCCCUCAGCGGCAGUAAUCUGGCUGGUCGCUCAGUACGCAUCAGCGUCGCAGAGCCCCCCAAAGACAGGCAAGACGGCCGAGACUUCAGUGACUGGUCGAGAAAAGGACCUCUCCCAGAUUUACCAAACAGUCAGCGAAGAGUAUCCGAUCGACCAGGUGGGUUCGGCGGUGGCCGCAGCUUCGACAACACGUCGGAUGCAGGUAGCGAACGGGGCCAACGUCGUGGCUUCGGUGAGGGAGAUGGUAAGGUCAGAGACUUCUCAAACUGGGAAAGAAGAGGUCCAUUGUCACCUGUAUCACCCGCCCCGACUUCCCUUCGUGAAGGCGGUAGACAAGGAAGCAAGGAUGGUGGAUUCCGCAGGAACUCACCAGCUUGGGGUGAGGGCCGGUCUCAAGACGGUUCUCGACCACCGAGACGCGAAUUCACCGAAAGACCUCCUCCUGAACGACAAGCUACAGCAUCGGAAAUGGACAAUCAAUGGCGAGCUAGAAUGCGACCUGACGCUCCGGCCAAAGCGCCUACUCCUGAGGCCAGCGAACCUUCUUCUCCGCCCCCAGCUCCGGCUCCUGCAACCAGACCAAAGCUGAAUCUGCAGAAGAGGACCGUCUCUGAAGCUGAUCCGAAAGGAUCUUCUGCCCCGGCUUCUGACUCCAAGGCUAGUCCAUUUGGCGCCGCACGUCCGGUUGAUACGGCCGCCAAAGAGAAGGAAGUCGAAGAGAAGCGACAAUUAGCCAUCCGACAGAAACGCGAGGCUGAAGAAAAGGCCAAGGCUGAGAAAGCGGAGGAGCGCCGGCUGGCGAAAGAGAAGGGUGACCUUGAAAAAUCCAAGGAGCCAACCAGCAAAGAGAACAAGGAACACAAAGAAAAUAAAGACAUCAGAGAGUCCAAAGACAUUAGAAACACGACUGAGACCAGCGAGACCAGAGACACUUCCGCGUCCAAGGAAAAUGGUGAAGAAACCUCUCAACAAACCACUCCAAAAUACGACAUUCUGCGUCGCGCUGACUCCGGCAUGAACGAUAUGGUUGCAGACGACCACGAAGAGGAGGUUGAGGAGGGCCUUCCUGUCGAUGACAAGGCGGUCAAGCCCAAGGAAGUUGUCCAAGAGCCACCAAGCCGUGCCAAUGGUUCAUGGCGAAACGCACCAGCAGCUCAGGCUCCUGAAGGAAGCACAACCGCGGCGUUGGAAGAAGAGGGAUGGAGCACGGUCUCAAAGCCUUCCAAACAACGCAACAACCGUCGAAACUACCCAUCAAGAGCUAUUGCAUCAUAAUUGUCCAAAUGAUCUUGUUUGGCAUCAUUGACCGUCUAUCGAUGGUGAGGUACAUGAAGGCUUACUUCUGGUUCUAUGUACAUCUAGAUCUCUCUCUCCCCUUCUUGACUGGGAUGCUUGUGCCAGCAGUGGCGGGUACGGGAUGGUGGCAGUCCUCAGCACUUUUGGUUAACCUUCUCGCCUUACAUCUUUCUCUUAUGGGCGCUGAUGGUGGGCUCUUUGCUUUCUUCGAGCAUUGCGGAGUUCGGGAAAAGUACUUGUUUUGCUACUGGAGAAAGUUGUGGCAGGCACCGCAGGAGGAUUCAAGAAGAGUAGUCUCCCAACCCGUAUCACACAUGUACCUGCCAACAGGCCCAGCUUCAGCGGAGCACCGGGUUUUAGACGAACCAUAGAUUAUGUUGCUCUCUGAAAGCCCUUUCUUGGCAUGA